UUCGACGACUCCCAAGCAAUUAAUGAGUGGCUGCCAUACAGAAAUAAACUCAUAGAUUUCCAGGUCUGCGGAUGCUUCCACCUGACUCAGACGUAGAACAAUUCCCUUCCCAAGUCCAGGAGAUCGAGAGAUGAGUCUCAACAGCGAGCAAAACGAACAAGGAGAUCGAAGCUUCAUGUUGGACGUCGCCCGGCAUCAGGUGCGAGGCGGCAGCGAGCACUCCGUCUUCGCACCGCAUCCCGAUCCCAGUGACCCGACUCCGACAGCGAGAAUUGGCAGCUCGAUCGAAGCACCGGAGAAGAAGCUGACGCUCUUCGCCUUCCGCCUCGGGAUUCUAGAGAAGUCGGCAAGCGGUCUCGGCACGCUAGCCUUCGUCUGGGCCACCGUCGUCCUCCUCGGCGGCUUCUCCUCGGCCCUCGUGAGGAAGGACUUCGUGAUCGUGACCGUGCUUCUCGUCACCGAGAGCACCAGAAUCUUCGGCCGCAGCCACGAGCUGGAGUGGCAGCAUCAAGCGGCCUGGACGACGCCGGAAGGUGCAGGAAGGUCCAGCUUCCGCGUUGUCGAGGACGUCGAUGGCCGACGAACGUGGCGCUCUCGUGACGUUCCCCUGCUUCCUUUCGCUGGCUGGAUCUUCGUGUCGAAGAACCUCAGCAGGGGCCUCUCAUGGCUUCAGCUCUCGUCCGCCCUCGCCUGCGUGGUGCUCUCCUUGAUGCGCCUCAUUCAGCAGGACUACGGCGAGGUAGUCGGGCGAGAUCGCAGGAACCUGAGCCCAGCUCUCAAUCUAUUCUACGGACUGGCGCUCGCGGAGGCGCUCAUCUUCCUGAUGGAGAAGGCAUACUGGUCAUGGAGGAUCUCAUUCUGCAAGUUGCUGGAGAAGGUCAGCCGAGAGUGUGAUCUCGGAGAAGUCUCCAUCAGGCGCUUCUUCUACGACACCUACUCCAAGUGCAUCGAAGGCAGCGUCUUCGACGGCCUCAAGAUGAACCUAGUGACCUUCGCCAAGGAACUCCUGGUCUCUGAGCUCCGCGACGAGCAGCUCAUUGGCGUCCGAGUCCUGCACAAGCUCGCCACCAUUGACCGCUUCUCCCUCGACACGCUCAGGAAGAUCGGCAGUUCGACGCGGACGAUCGAGAGGCUCGUGGAGAUGCUGAACUGGAAGAACACGGGCGAAGAGGAAGAGAUCAGGAUGCGUGCGGCGGAGAUAGUGUCGAAGCUUGCAGAGAAGAGGAGGAACGUGCUUCGAGUUGCUGCAAUUCCAGGAGCCAUGGAGGCGCUGUCAUCGUUGCUCGUCGUCGAUGACUCCUCGGACUUCAAUCUGCUGGGACUGUCCAUCCUCGAGAAGCUGGCAUCAGACCACGAGGACUGUUGGAAAAUUGGCAAUACCAGAGAUCUGCUGCCAAAGAUCAUCGACCUCACCAGUGCGAGGAAAACGCUACUUAGGAAUGAUCAUGCAGCAGACUCCCAGAUCAGAACGGUGAUGAGUUCGCUGCAAGUGCUGAAGAAGCUGGUGAGCACGACCGGAUACAUCGGCCAAAUUCUACGACAGGAAGUCUCUGAGAUCGUGUUCACGGUGAGCAACAUAAGGGAGAUCCUGCAGCACGGAGAGAGCCACAUGGUUCUGCAAAAGCUGGGAAUCGAGAUCCUAAAAAGCCUCGCCAUGGACGAGAGCGCAAGGGAGAAGAUUGGAAGCACGGGUGGAGUCAUCAAGCUGCUUCUGUCGAUCUUCUUCGAGCCAGGAUUCACCGAGGCUGAGAACUCGCUCAGAGAUGAAGCGGGAGAGGCGCUGGCGAUGCUGACAUUGGAAAGCAAGAAGAACUGCGAUCGGAUCGUGAAGGAGACGGAGGUGGAUAGGCUCAUGAAAGCACUGACCGAUGCUGUUCUUCAGAUAAAUGCUUCGAGGAUUCUGCGCAAUUUGUGUGCCUACGGCGGAGCCGAAUGCUCACAUCGGCUAUCGGGGAUUACUGCUGCCAUGCCCACUGUUUUGAAAGUGAUUAUGGAGGCAAAAGCGAGAUUACUAGAGGCAUCGAUUGGUCUAUCCACAGAGAUCUGCAAAUUCCUGGAUCCUGAUGAAUUUGCUGAAUUCCUCAAGAAAGCUGCCAUUGAAGAAACUGAUCUUGUAGUGAAGCUUGUGCAAGUGCUGAAAGAAUACAGAUAUCCGGAAAUCAGGGUUCCAGGAAUGAGGAGAUUUGUGAUUGAACAAGCUAUUUGGAUGAUGAGAUCCAACAGAAACAGUAUCCAGCUCUUCGAGCAAUUGGAGAUGGAGAGGUUCUUGGAGGCUGUAGUAGAGACCACAUCCGAGCUCGAGUGCUUCCACAUUUUCUCCGGCGGAGUUGGACUGAGCAGGCACAGUAAAACCUUGUCAUCUCUUGUAGAAACAGCAUUGCACCUAAUGACAGCAGAAGAUUGAAACAAGUUAAGCAAGAGGAUUUAUUACCAGUCAAAUUGUAAUUCCAUAGAUAUCAUUUCUCUUGAUCUACUUCAUACAUCAGAAGAUUCUUCUUGCAUUUAACAUCAAAUCUUUCUUUGCGUUUAGAAUAUUUUGUUUGAUUAAGUAAUACAUAUCUUCUCUUUUUUUUCGCAUGAUUAAGUUGUAUAAUUCUUCUUUUGAUUGAAGUGGUAUUAUUAUAUACUUCAUACAGCAGAAGACUUGCAUUUAGCAUCUUUGCUUGUUCUUGAGAUGGAAAGCAUGGGAAGAACUCCGACGAACCAUUAUGAAAAGAAACCCUGUGAUGACGACACCACGUGAAGCAUUUCGAGUGUAUAUAGCUGUGAAUGAAAGGGAGGAAAUUUGGUCAACAUGCAAGUCAACAUUCGAUCAAGUAAUAGCUGUGACUGAAAGGGAGGAAAUUUGGUCAACAUGCAAGUCAACAUUCGAUCAAGUAAUAGCUGUGACUGAAAGGGAGGAAAUUUGGUCAACAUGCAAGUCAACAUUCGAUCAAGUAAUAGCUGUGACUGAAAGGGAGGUAAUUUGGUCAACAUGCAAGUCAACAUUCGAUCAAGUAAUAGCUGUGACUGAAAGGGAGGUAAUUUGGUCAACAUGCAAGUCAACAUUCAUCAAGUAAUAGCUGUGACUGAAAGGGAGGUAAUUUGGUCAACAUGCAAGUCAACAUUCGAUCAAGUAAUAGCUGUGACUGAAAGGGAGGUAAUUUGGUCAACAUGCAAGUCAACAUUCGAUCAAGUAAUAGCUGUGAAUGAAAGGGCGGUAAUUUGGUCAACAUGCAAGUCAACAUUCGAUAGGAAGAGGGUCAACUUGGUCAUCGAUGUGGGAUUAGGAUGCUAGAAGAGUUGAUCAUGAAGAGAGAGAGAGAGAGAGAGAGAGAGA